AUGGAGUUUGAUAGUGAGGAAGAGGCAUAUGAUUUUUACAAUGCAUAUGGUGGUCGAAUUGGUUUUAGCAUCCGGAAGGAGUAUGGCAAUAAAGUUAAUGGAAGAAUUACAUCAAGGGUGUUAGUUUGUAGCAAGGAAGGUGUGAAGGGGAUUGACAAACGAGAUGUAUUUAGAAAGACGCCCCGGACUGAAACACGAACCAAUUGCAGUGCACGAAUGGUUAUUAGAUAUGACAAGACAAAGGUCAUUGAUGUUGAGUUGGCUUCGGAUUCAGGAGUUCCGGCUUGUAAUGCAUAUGAGUUGAUGGGAAGGCAGUCUGGUGGCAAAGAAUCAAUUGGUUUAGAGAUGUUAUCAGUUUCAACACAACAUACAAAGUGGUACACGGUAACAGACCAUUUGCAAUUUUUGGGUAUGAAUCAUCACCGGGAGACCGCUGUGUUUGGAGUAGCCUUAAUGUAUGAUGAGACAGCGGAUUCGUUUGUCUGGUUAUUUGAAACGUUCUUAAAAGUGAUGGGCGGAAAAGCGCCAAAGACUAUUGUUACUGAUCAAGACGCUGCAAUGGCGAAGGCAUUAAAGCAGGUCAUGCCGAUGAUGAAGCAUCAUUUAUGUGUUUGGCACUUAAUGAAUAAUGAAUAG